AUGUCCCAAAAUGCAGUUCCUACAACUUUACCAAUCCAUAAAAAUUCUAUUAGAAAUUUUCAUGAAUUAAGACCACAAGACAUUUCCAAAGAUUUCAACACAAUUAUUGAAAAUUUAUAUGACACUUUACUAUUGAUUUUAGAUAAUGCCAUUGUAAUGGGUGAUAAUUCAUCUAUUGAUGAAUUAGUAGAAAAUCUCUCUUCACAAUAUCAAGAAGUUAUAAAUUCAAUAAAUUUAAAUCUACAAAAAAAAAACAUUACUAAAAAUAUUCUUCAAGAAUAUAAGACAUUAUCGGACGCCUGCCCUCAAAUCUCUUUAGAUAACUGGGAUGAUUAUCGUACAGGGAAUUUAACAGCACCUUCCUUAUUUGAAAUGGUAGAAAAAUCAUUUAAAACUGUAAUUGAGAACCCAAUCCCCAUUGAAGAAAAAUCAUCCAAGGCCAAAAUAUUGAAAUAUGUUUCUCAAAUUUGGAAAGAUCCACAUUGUGUUAUCACAUCCGAUAAUACUACCGAAGAUGAUUUAAUGAUUGAAGGUGGUAGAAUUGAAUUGACGUGCCCGAUUACAGUUAAGGUAUUUGAACAUCCAAUGAUUUCUAACGUAUGCCAUCAUACUUUUGAUAAAUCUGGGCUUGUUGAUUAUUUUAAAGGAUAUAGAACAAGAGAAUGUCCGGAAAGCGCGUGCAGUCAACAUUUACAAUUUAGUGAUUUUAAAUUCGAUGAUGUCAUGUCUUUACGUUGUAAGAUUGCAGCUAUUAAGAAAAAUGCAUUAAAUAAUGAUGAUACUGAUAUUGAUAGUCUAUAA